CUCGCAGUUCCUCAAAAUCUUCGUUCGCAUCGUUGCAAGAGUGCGUUGAACCAGAAAUACCAGAUGCAUCAUUGACCAUAUGUUGUUACCCCACCGAUCACAUUAACCCGGGGGUGCACAUAUCUGGCGUGGAGUUGCAAGCCGUCAAGAUAGCCACUGAGUCGAAACUGCAGCUGUGCGGGGGCUGGAGUGGGCAGGCUAGCUACGCGCUGGAUGGAUGCGUGGACGCUGGCCUGCUCAGACCACCGCCGCAGCCGCACUCCAGUCAACUUGGUACUGUUUAUGCCACAAAAAGAAGAAGAAGGAAUGGAAAGAGCAUCAAGCCACCAUCAAAAGACGGCGUCACAAAGAGCAACCCGAGCAAGAGACACAGGGAGCGCCUUAACGCGGAGCUCGACACCCUGGCGUCACUCCUACCCUUCGAGCAGAACAUCCUCAGCAAGCUGGACAGGCUGUCCAUCCUGCGGCUGUCCGUCAGCUACCUUCGCACCAAGAGUUACUUCCAAGUGGUCAUGCACAAAGAAAAAGAGGACAUCCAUGGUCACAGGAGAGAGCACUCACCCUACGACCACGCCAUGCCAGACGGAGAGAUGUUCUUACAGGCACUCAACGGUUUCCUGAUGAUCUUAACGUGUGAAGGCGAGGUGUUCUUCGCGACACACAGCAUCGAGAGUUACUUAGGCUUCCAUCAGUCGGACAUAGUCCACCAGUCAGUUUACGAGCUCGUCCACUCUGAAGACCGGGAGGAGUUGCAGCGGCAGAUCUUGUGGAACUCCUUCCUCCCUCCAGAGGUCAGCAACCUCACGCUGCAGGACGUACUGAGGCCGGACAGGGCACAUCUAUUAGAAAGGAGCUUCACCGUCAGAUUUAGAUGUUUGCUUGACAAUACUUCUGGAUUCUUGAGGCUUGACAUCCGAGGUCGGAUCAAAGUGCUUCACGGGCAGAAUAAGAAAACAGAAGAACCUCCUUUAGCUUUGUUCGCGAUAUGUGCGCCCUUCGGACCUCCCUCACUCCUCGAGAUCCCUCAGAAGGAAGUCAUGUUCAAGAGCAAACACAAACUGGACCUGUCUCUAGUCUCUAUGGAUCAACGGGGUAAAAUGCUGCUAGGUUAUACAGAUGCUGAGCUGGCCAACAUGGGAGGCUACGAUCUAGUUCACUACGACGAUCUAGCUUACGUCGCCAGCGCACAUCAAGAAUUAUUAAAAACAGGUGCUUCCGGAAUGAUCGCUUACCGCUUCCAAACAAAGGAUGGUCAGUGGCAAUGGCUGCAGACCUCUUCCAGACUAGUCUACAAGAAUUCUAAACCUGACUUCGUUAUUAGUACGCAUCGACCGCUCAUGGAGGAAGAAGGCAGAGAUCUAUUAGGCAAAAGGACAAUGGACUUCAAAGUCAGUUACCUCGACACCGGCCUCACUAGCCUCUACUUCUCAGAGACCGAACAGUUGUCCGGCUGCGAAACCAACGUUACUACUCCUCCCAGAACCGCAAGGAGAUACAAAACACAACUCCGAGAUUUCCUAUCAACUUGUAGGAAUAAGAGAAGAGUGCCCACAACUCCUGCACCGCCUCCUGUCGACUACUUAGCAGCGGACGCAGUAGCGGCAGCAUACACUAAUCUAAAUGGCGCAUACACAGCUCCUUACGGAGAAUACCCUCCAGCCCCAACCUUACAUUAUGCUCCGCCACCUCUAGACGACAGAUUCUUAACAGCAGACAACCUCUUUCAUCAAUAUAAACCUUUAUCUUAUCAUUAUACUCCCUAUGCGCCGAAUGGCUUCCUUGAACCUGCGCCUCCGCCUGGUUACGAAGUGGCCCCCACGUACCAUCGACCACCUUCGAGAGAGUACACGUACGUGGAUAGCAGUGGAAGAUACAUGAGUCCUGUAACUGGACAGGAGAGAAGGUCGCCUUCCGUAGUGCCCGGACCAAGUCCUGCAGGGUCGAGUAACUCGGAGCAGGAGAGGAUGCAGCAGCCUCAGGCUUCGGAGAUGCCACGGCAAACUGUGCUCAUGUGGGGUGCUGGAGGAGCAGCUCAAGAAGUUCCAGUCGAGUACUCGCCUCCACAGGUUUGGCGUUACCAUCCAUCACACUAUCAUACCGCUGAGGCCACUCAAUGAAAUUAAUCUAGUAUUUUAUUGACUUCCACAAAAACAAGUAUAAUUGGAUCUUUUGGAAAAUCCUUGUGAAUGAUCUAUGAAAUACUUAGAAAAAAUAUUGCAAUCUUUGUUACCAAGACUUUAUUUUCUUAUACCUCGCUCAGUGGUGAGACCGAGUCGGUCUUUAGGUCUUCUUGACUUAAACAGGGUCCUUCCAGUAUCGAUAUCUGAUACGUCUUGAUGUAUAUUUAUAAUUCGAGAAUUUUAUCCAAAUAUAAUAAUAUUAAAAGAUAGUCGUUUUGUAGAAUAAAUGGUACGAAUCACGCGACGCAAUGUUACACAUGAUAGGUUUAAAUGCUUUGUAAAUAUUUUUUUUUUUACAUUUUUAUUGGAUAGCUUGCUUUGAGUGAGGGUUUUUAUAAAUGUUGGCUUCAAUAGAUCUAACUGAAGCGUAUGAUUCAUAGUUUUGUGAAAGUGAUUGUGUAUUGUGUCUGUACUUUGACUUACAAUACCUUGUUUAUAAGAGGUUACUUUUCUAUUCUAGAAUAAUUACGUUCUAGUUCAGAUAUAUCAUUGUUAUAAUCUAUAUCAUCUUCAACACCAAUUGUGUUGAGAGGAGUACUAUCUUCUGGCUCGAAAUUUUUUAUUUCAUCUGUUUUAUGUUAAUUGUCAUUAACAUUUGUGUUCCUAUCAUUACAGGCUCUUCACAGUACUUUAAGUUACGCAGCAAGUCUCGUAUAAACAAGGUACAUAUUAAUAUUUUUAUUACAAUUUCGCUGUUUUCCCAAAGCGAAUGUUUUUGCAGUACAUAUCAUUAUAUUUAGCACGCAAUGAUCACAUAUCACUUUAUCUAAUGAUGCAGUCGAUCCCUUUUAUAUAUUUUCUUACUCUUAGAAAUACUUUUACCUAAGUAUUCCCUUUAAAAAGGUAUGCAUUGAUGUUUAUUUUGUACAAAUUAUCUUACAACUCCCUGAGAUUCAAUGCGAGCACUAAAUCAUUAUACUUUGGUUAGUUCAAAAUUGUUUAAAUAAUACGAACUUUCUACUAAAAGAAAAUAUCUGUAUAAUACAUAUCAACAGUACACACAUUUUUGUCAGCUAAUGUUGUUUGCAAUUCAGUUUUACCUAUAAUAUCUAUUGCGAUUUUAUUAUCAAUAACUAACAUAUCCAUAUUAUUGUUUCUACAAUCAUCUUUAACCAUAUUAUUAUUGGUUAAGGUAUUGGAAUUGUGUUCAACAUUAGUCCUUUGGUCUUGCUUAAGCACAGUACUUGUAGGGUCGACUGUUUGCACCGCCGAACCAACGCCACGUAGCAUUUUGUACAUACACUUGCCGUGCCUUUCACUGUUACUCUGUUUUUACAACUGUAAGCACUCAAGUUUUGGUGGCUUCUGAAAUAUGUUAUGAAACAAAAUUUGUCUAAAAUUUUACUUAUAUAAACUGAAAAAGGAUUCUUUUGCCUCUAGUGUUAAUUUAGAUGAAAUGGUAUAUGAAAUGUGGCCCCUUUUCUAAGUCUCUUACUCGAAACUAUUUACAAUAAUUCUUUGCCUUGUUGUCUAUCUCAGAGUCUUACUGCCCAUGCGACAAAUAUAAUUUUAAAGCUAUAAGUAGCUAUUUGUAAAAAAACAUGACAAUUUAAUGUGAGAAUACUGAAUUUGUGGAUAACACAAAUACAAAUACGACACGCCACAACCAGUCCCAUAAUUUAAUAAGAUUAAAAUAAAAAGACAAAUGCAGGAUUGUUGGUAAUAUUACAUUUUCCAAAAAGAUAACCUACUUUAGGUUCCUUCCAUACUAUUAUUAUAAAUACUAUAGUGGACAUUUGUAUUAUAUUAUAAUCAUAUUUCCUAAGGCUCCAGAAUUUCAGUCACCAUAUAUUUAUUUAUUUAUUCCAUUGUGCUACAGUGACCAACGUUGGUACGGCUACGGUGACCUAGCGUUCAAAUGACUCUUCCGCCGUCGACAUAGAGUUUAAGAUAGCUUAAAUUUUUUGAUAGUUCUUUGUGGAAAACAUUGGAUCAUAAGUAGACAAUUGGUAAUUUGACCAGAAUGUAUUUUGAUCUGAUAUUGAAAUCUAAAUUUUAUG